UCGCGCCGCGACGUUUUAAAACUCUUCUACUUAAACCGCAACUCAGCGAUAAAAAAUCGCGACUCACGACGCGACUACGCAAAUACUACUGUUUAUAUAUCUGUGAUUGUCUCGGCGCGACUCGCCAUAUCGCGAAUCGUGCCGCGAUAAUAUAGAGACCGCGCUAAGAAAUAUUCACUUGGUUUUUUGAAAAUUUAUCAACUUUUCAAGUCCUGCUGCGAGAUCUGGAAUCUAUAGCGAUCGCGCCGCGACAUAGCGACAGUAUAGCGUUCACGCCAUGGUAGUUAAAUCGCGACGUGACUCUUAGAAAAAAAAUUUCAAUAACUUAAGACUUUCUUAAGAUCUUGUCGCGAGGGCCUGAUUUAUAGCGAUCACGUUGCGAGUGAUGCGAGUUCAUAGCGAUCGCUAUAGCGACGGCGCGAUCGCUUCACGAAUGUGGCAUGACAGUUGACAUGAUAUAACCUUACGCGAGUUAAAAAUAAUAUUGAAGUUUCAAGCUUGACUGGUUUUUUUCUAUAUAACAGUAGUUUAGAAACAAUAUUGUAUUAUUAUUAUAUAGCAGAUCUGAAAAAAUAAAUCGGAUAUAACAGCUUGUUUCAUUUUAUUUUAAAACAAAACUCUCAUGUAUUGAAUGUAUACCAGUAAAAUCAACUAUUAUUAUUUACAAGAUUUGCCAAGACCUUAUCACGUGUAAACGUACUAUAAGAUGAGGAAAAGCGGCUCUUACUGAGAAAACGUUGAUUAUAUAUACUUCUUUGAGUAGAUGACGCUAACGUAAGCAACUUUAGGAAAUGUUCUUUUUUGCUCGAAAAAUACAGAUAAUAACAAAUAAUAUAAUUUUUCUGUAGAAUAUUUAAGUUUCGUUGUGUAAAGAAUAGUUCUGAAAAGUGAAUUUAUGUUGUUGUUUUUUGAUAAACUAUGGAUCUUUGUCUUGUAUAUGUAUGCACGUAUCUCGUCCAACUAAAAAGUGUCUCAUUCACAGAACCAUGUGUUUUGUAGCUGUUUUCAGACUGUGUAGAUCUGUGUUUCUAAGUUAAUACCUUGACAUUUUAACUGUUGUGUAUUGUUCAUCGUUGAUCGCUCUUUUUGACACUAUCAGAACUGUAAUCUUUCGUCUUGUUCUAGAUGACCUGUUCACUUAUUAAUUUAUCUGUGAUAGAUGACUUGAAACGUGUUCGAGUGCUGUUGUUACCAGAUUUGGUGGAUGAUAAUCAUGAUGGUGCUGAUGAGAACAACGAUGAGCAACAGCAAAGUAAUCAACAAGCACAUCUAAAACAUUCUGAAGCAUUGUUUACCUCUAAUUCAGCACUUACUAUUAAAAAUACAGCAAGUAUUCAACGCAAAUGGUUAAAAGAAUGCUUACUGACCUUUUCUCCAGUCCUCAACAUUCUUGUCACUGCGCGUGAUCAAACAUUAGUUAUUUUUACCACUAAAUCUAACAAUGAUCAAACAGUCUUCUCUGUGUCUUACGAAACGAAACUUUCAGUAGAUAAAAGUGAACGAAUAACAAGUAUACUGUGUCUUCCUAUUGCUUCAUCAAAAAAAAAUCCUGAUUUACCAGAAUGGACCUGCAUAAUUGUUGGAUUCACAACUGGUUAUGUGCGGUGUUAUACAGAGGAUGGAUUAUUACUUUUAUCACAAAUAUUUCAUGAUGAUAGCGUAUCUCAACUGAAAUGUCACACACAAUUUCCAUCUAAAAUGCGAAGUCUAACCGAACAGCCAGAUGAACUUUAUAUUCAAUAUCGAUCCAUUUUAGUUGUUAUUGAUGGGUUUAGUUUAUAUCAGUUGCUCAAAGUUUGCCGUGAUAAUGUGCUAAAAGAUGCAAAUUCUUCAACAAUAUCACCUCAGCUGUCUUAUAAAAAAUGGGAGUUUUCAAAUCAAGAACAAGUAUCUGAUUUUAUACCAGCAGUGACGGACAAUCGGUUUGAUCAGUUAUGUGCUGCAUCGAUGACUGAUGGUUAUCAAGCUACAAUUUGUCCAAUUCCACCAAUGUUUACACGAUAUAUCACUGUUGGUGUGAGUCCGUACUGCAAUUUUUAUUCUUGUGCUGGGGACUCUCAAUUACCACAAUUGACUGACGUAGCAUUUACAUUAGCAGUCAAGCUGAAAUCAUCAUUAUUCUCUGCUAUGAAGUUUGGGUUUCACGAUUUACGACGACAUGGUGAAAAAAUAAUUGUUUCUCCUGGAUUACAUAUGGCUGCUAUGACAGAUAGUUUUGGUCGUGUUGUGUUAUAUGAUAUAUCACAUAGUAUUGCUAUUCGGAUGUUCAAAGGUUAUCGUGAUGCUGAAAUUGGAUUUAUACAAAUCGACGAGACAGCAGAUACUAAGAGCAGUCCACAUUUUUCAUCAGAGAAAGCUGCCUUAUUUCUUGUUAUUCACGCUCCACGACGACAAUUGCUUGAAGUAUGGGGCUGUCAGCAAGGGACUCGUGUUGCCGCAUUCAAUGUAUCUAAAACUUGCCGUUUAAUUUAUCUGGAUCAUUAUAUGCUUGGUUGGACAAAUACAUUUAGGCCAUCAUCAUCAUCCAAAUAUAAUUUUAAACAAUGUAUAGUUCUAGAAGAGAAUGGAGAAAUUAAAGAAUUACAACUGCCAUUUCAUUUGAUCUUAAGUGAUCGUAGUAAUCAACGAGCCCAUGAUCUUAUGAUAUUCAGACAAUUACGACGCCUACUGCGUCAAUCAACAAGUGAUACGGAUCAGUUUAAAAACGAUUAUCGUAUACUAAUUAAACGUUUGAUAGCGUUUGAAAUGAUACUUGAAGCACUGAACUUACUAUUUCAAACAGAUUAUGUUAAUUUAUUGACAAUGCGUUUAUUUCUACAAGAAACUAAAGAUUAUUUAAAUUUAAAUAUGGAUACAUUGUUAAAAAAUGAUGAGUUAAUUAGUUUAUACGACUAUUGUGAAAUGUCCUUAAGAUUAUUUGAUAUUUACAGUAUCAUAGAUGAAUAUAGAAAAAUGAUAUCUACGGUAGUACAUUCAAAUGAGACACAUGAGAUGUUCGGGAAAGAUGAAUUUCAAAUCGAAUUAUCAUUAUCGGAUAAUGAAACAGACAUGUAUUACAAUAUCUUUGAUCAAUACUAUCAGCAGUAUAAACAAAAAUAUCAUAAAAAUGGAACAUUAUCAAAUACAAAUGGAAAUAUCAUAGUGAAUAAAACUGUACAAUUUAUUGAUGAUGCCAACAAUCAAAAUAUUCGUAUUCAAAGUAAACAAUCGUCAUUACUAACAUUUGGUCAAUUUCUAUCCAUGUUUAAACAAUCUCAUUCGACAGCAACUUCUAAUUAUCAUCAUCAAAUAUCAACGUUAAAUCGAAAUAAUACGUCACUAACUCGACAAAUUUCAACAAUCGAAGAGAAAUCAUCACCUUUUUUUCUUGAAAUAACACCAACAGUCUAUUAUGAUGAGUUUGUAUUACUUGGACAAUAUCUUUUCUCAUCGUGGUUGAAUGAUAGUGAAUGGUGUGCUGAAAAAUUUCAAGAAUAUUUACAAUUAACACAUUUAAAAUCGAUUGAUUUAAUUCAAUUGUGUCUUUAUGCAUUAUUAUCACAACAGAAUGUACCAAAAUCAAUAAAAACUUUGAGACAAUUGGUCAUGGCACUAUUGACGAAAACAAGUGUAGAUAAUAAUGAAGAAGAAAAAGAAAAUAUUUUGUGUAUUUUAGAGAUAUUUCAACAGACACCGCAUUUACCAUCAAGUUUAUUGAUAUUGCUGAUCAUGAAAAAUCAUCUUGAUUUUAGCGAAAAAGAUCGUAUGGCAAUCGAUGUACUCAUAAAACGUCUGUCAGCAUUAUUAUGUGUAAAAAAUUUAUUGUCGGUACAUAAACCAGCUAUCAGUGUGAGUGAUAAUGAGGAAAUAUCUGAUAGUAAAGAAAAUAGAGAUGAUACGAUCACCAGUUUGACUGUCCAUAAUAUAUUUAUUCAACAUCAAUAUGAAUAUUUGAAUAAAUUAAUAGCAAAAUAUCUAGUUAAAAAUCAAAUCAAUCCUAAAUGGUUGGUUAAACUAGUGACAACGAAUACAAAUAAUGAAAAUGAAACAGACACUGAAGCAAUAUGUCGAAUUGAUCAAGAUGAUUAUGAACAACAUAUUCGAGUCAAUCUUUCCUUAUGUAGACAAUUUUUACCACAUACGUUUGAAUCAACCGUUUUAUUAGUCUAUUGUUGCUGGGAAAGCAUCCAGUUAUGGAGUAAAACAUUAAACGCCGAUAGUAAUUCAGAUUCAUCUUUCUCAUUGACUACGUUAUUUCAUUUAUUAUUGGAUUAUUAUGAUAGCAUCCAAAUAUCCACGGUUAAACAAAAUUUAGCGACACUGCUAUGGCAUACAUAUUUUCGUUCAAAAAUAAUAAUUUUAGUACAAGUGAUAGAAAAAAUUGGUGAAAUACCGAAAGAACAUUUAUAUCUUAAAGAAUUACGAAUGACAGAUAAAGAAUUAAUUACGUAUCUCGAUUUUUUAAUUCAAUUUUUUGAUCGAUUUCUUGAUUCAAUCUAUAAUUCAUCGAAUGAAACACCCAUAUUCAAUGUAGAUGAUACAUGGUCACCACAUCACACAGAUCCAUCUGAGUUAUUUGAAAGGUAUCCAUUGUCAGUCUCAUUUCGUCCAAAUUUACUGAAACCGACAUUGCAAUCUGAUGAACAGUAUUCAACAUCAUCUAUUCUCGAACUCAUUACGGAACCAAAACAAGUAAAUCCACGUUUAGUAUGGCAUCACUAUAAAUUAAUUCGUCUAUUAUACUACAUUAUGUAUUACAAUAUACAAUUCGUGAGACCCAUGUCAAUGUUCGAUACUAACGGCAUAAACGCAUUUUUUACCGAUCUGCAUACCCAUCCAUUAAUAACUGAUAAUAUCGAUAACAGUGUCUCGAAUGUUCGAAAACUAUUUUUUAUAAGAUUGUUAAAUACUCUAUUCGAAAAAUUAUCACCAUUCGAUGAUAAUCCGGUGGGUAGUACAAUAGUAUCCGAAAUAUUUGAAUUAAAUAUUCAAUAUAUUCUUCACUUUUCAACUGAUAUGCUUGUUGACAAUGAAUAUAUCCGUCGACAUUAUAUUUGUUUAUUGUAUGCCUAUGGCUAUGAUGAAUUAGCAUCACAUGAAGAAUAUCGAGUUAAUGAAAAACAGCCAUUAGCAUCUGAGUUAUUGAUAAUUGCCGGUUUAAGAUUGAAACAUGUUAUUGAUACGACAAUGUCAAGAAGAAUAGCAAAUGAAAACUCAUCGCAAAUAAAAAUAUUCUUUACAUCUUUAGAGCUAAAAUUAAAAUUAUCAUCAACGUUAAAAACAUGGCUAUCAUCGCUCAAUGGACUAGUCGAUUAUCCAGUUAAAUCGUGUUCAUUAUUCUCAAUUAAUAAUAUUUUAGCAAAAAUAGUUUGCUAUUUACCUCAGAACUAUUCUCAGUAUAAUCUGGCUCAAGAAAUGAUUGAAUUAGUAAAUACAUUGAAUACAAAACGAUGA